AUGCCCCUCCUUCGCGCGGGUCUCCCCGUGCUGUGCUUACUGUUCCUGCUCCCUCAGGUACACGCAUUUGGCGCUGGCAAUAUUGCUUCUAUCUCCGCCGUAGAGGGCAAAAAUUGGCGCCAUGGCGACAUCGAGGAUAUGCUCAAGACGAUCGCGUUCAUCGCGGGUCACAAAUGGACGUCCACCAUGAUCAAGCGUGUCUAUUUCGGGAAUUGGUUGCGCGACUACUCGCAAGCAAUGGAUGUUGGCACCUUGAAAAGUCUCCAGGCCGAUGCCAUUCGUAUCAUUGUGUGGGUCCUCUCGUUCCUGACCUUCGGCUAUGCGACUGGCGAGUUUGAGGUCACUUCCGAGCGCCUGGGCAUUUAUCGCCCCGAAGAGCAUAUUGACAACCCGAAGGAUUAUGCCGACAACGAAGAUGCGCGUAAAUAUGAUGAGCGACUGCGGGGCCCCGUCAAGCAAAUUGAACUGGACAUCGAUCCAGAGACGGGCAUGAAGAACUAUAUUGCAAACGAGCGGGGAGACUGGGCCACCAGCACAGCCUAUAUCAAGUUCAGUCUGGCUCGGAGCAUCCACUACGGACGAAUGUACACCCACGGCGGUGACCGAAAGGGAAAUGAGGAAGACUUGUGUGAAGCACUUCGCUGUCUCGGUCAGGGUCUACAUACACUGGAGGACUUUGCGGCGCAUUCGAACUACAUCGAGCUUGCUCUGCGAGAGAUGGGGUUCCACAAUGUUUUCCCCCAUACUGGUACCGCAACCCAGGUUCAUGUCCGCGGCAAGCAAGUCUUUCCUCUAGUCACCGGUACCUUUGGUAUGGUGGACUUCUUCCACUCCGUGCUGGGCGAGGCAAAUGAUCACUUUACCCAGUCCGAGGUGAACGAGAUGGACCUUGCGCUGGGUGAUGCCGAGCAGAGUUCGCAUGGAAACAGCUCCUUCAAUGCCCUCACAGGCCUGCUGGGAAAGAUUCCUGGAACAAAAGAGCUUGUGCUUGAGGCGGAAAAUCUCAAGCAGAGAUCAGAAGCUCAAGAAAUUGCGAACCGCUCCCGGGGCUCUCACAUGGGGUACUCCCAGAGCCGCGGACCAGGUGACGAGCAGCCUCAAGCUGCGAGCGCCGCCGGCGCAGCUCCAAGCUCUGGAGUCUCGGAGUUCAAUCCUCAGGAGACUGUGGCUAAGAUAUACCCUAUUCUGGCUUUCCGCGAUAAGGUGGUUCGGAAGCUUAAUUCCAUUAUUGAGAAGAUCCCGGGGCUAGAAGCCAUUAUCGACAAGAUCUCUGAGACUCUGACCGUCUUCAUCAUGUCUCUUCUUGCACCGUUCAUUCGUCCUCUCAUCAACGUCGCCGCUAAGGCCCUUCAAAGCGGAUCCUCUGGUGUUAUUAACGCUUCCGGCAAGCAUCAAUACGAGCCCUGGACUGAUCCUCACUGCACCGAUCCCACUCACUCCCUCCUUUCCAAGGACCAUUUCGCCAACAUCCUGAACGAGCCAGCGGGCCUCGUCGCCUCUGCCACUCUCCAGUACGUUGCACCGCGUGUCCUCUACGCAUGGCAGCACAUCGAUGUGCCCGAGCACGAAGUCUUGAAAGACUGUAUGAGCAUCUUCCACCACCCAGCCUUCCGAAACAUGCACAACGAGGCCCACCGCACAAUGUUCGAGGCCGUGGAAAACUGGUCCAAGCAGCACGGCCGCAAGCUGGAUGACGUUCUAAGCUCAGAGGGUGUCCGAGCCGGCCGCAACACGAACGGAAUCCCUCAUACACAUGGCGGCGGUGGCGGCGGAUUUGCUGCGCUGGGCGGCAACGCUCACGGCGGGUCCCACGGUGCCUCUCAUGGCCAUGGCCAAUCUCAUGCUUCCUCCUCCGGCGGCUUUGGGUCCCUGUUCUCCCAGGCACAGCAGCAGUAUGGCAACCAGUCGUCGCAGUCGCACCAUGGGUCCUCUAGCAUGCCGUGGGAGAAGCUGUCCAGCUUGCCGAUUCCCGGGAUGUCAAAUAUCAACAAGCUCGAGAGUACGCUAUCUAGCUUCUCCAAUUUCAUUCCCGGGGGCAUGCCGCAUGGGACAUCUAGGGAUCUUGAUGCUGAUGAAGCUGGCCGUAGCCGUUCAUCGGACCAGCCUCAUCACGAGCACGGCCAUGAACAUCAUGGCUCUCAUCACCACCACCACCAGCAUGGGUAUUAG